AUGUUGAGCUUGGUCUGGAGCCAGUGCAGCGUAACGCGCUUGAUGGCUCGCCGCACUUGGUCUGUACCCCACCGCUGCGGCUUCUUCACAGCUGCUCGCUUGCGUUUCCUGCCUGAUCCUGUCUGGGUGCUGCGCUCGUCUUUGUUGCUCCCUUCUCCCUCUUCUUCUUCUUCUUCCUCUCCAACUCCCUCUCUGCCCUCCUCCUCCUCCUCCUCAUCUUCGUCAACGAGCCGCUGCUUCUUCCUUCGCUGCGGGCCAGCCCACGCCUCCUCUCUAAUCGGCUCCCAUAGGAAGGCGCUGGGCUCUGGGACGUGGCGCCUGCUCGAUGCGCGCUCCAGCUUUUGCUAG